AUGCCGGACAACACAGAUCCCAACACCAAGGACGGCCAGCCCGCGCCUUCCAUUCUCACUUCGAAAUUUGCCAAGCUCAAUCCCUUUUCUAAGACAGGCGCCUCCGAUCCAGAAGGAGGAGGAGACAAUCUUGGUGAAGAGGUCGACUUCGACUCAAUCGCAGGCGGUGGACAUGCUGCUCGACGAACGAAAAUCACCAAAUCCGAGCUUCGAAUCAGUCACGCCUUGCGACACUUCCUCGUCCAAGAAAACCUCAUCUCCCCCGCCGAUGCUCUCUUGGACCAACCUCGAGCUUCUAGCUCGGAUGCGCUCAAGGCAUUUGUCGAUCAAUCGCACAUCAAUGUACCCGAGUACGUACGCGAUCGCAGUCGACCGCUGAGUGAGUACUUUGUCAGCUCCUCACACAAUACAUAUCUCCUUGCGCAUCAGCUGUACGGUUCCUCGUCGGCGGUUGCCUACGAACACGUGUUGAUUGCAGGUGCGAGAUGCGUCGAGAUCGAUGCGUGGGAUAAUGAGGACGAUCCGCAGGAGCCCAAAGUGACGCAUGGCUACACGCUGGCUUCCCACGUUCCCUUUCGCGCUGUUUGCGAGACGAUGAAGCAAGCAAUCCAGAAAGAGCAAGACGAGGCUCAGCGCGAUCACAGCUUCAAAGUUGCCCCCAUACUGCUGUCGCUCGAAAAUCACUGCGGCCACGCUGGGCAGAAGAGGCUGGUCGAGAUCAUGCAUGAGGUGUGGGGUGACCUUCUCAUCUCUGGUCCCGUGGACAAGAACGAGCCUGCUAGCGAGCAUACUGCCCUCGACCACUUAGGAGCAAAAAUCGCUGUGAUGGUUGAAUUUUACCCAUCCGAACAGCCUCCUGUUGCUGAAGAGCAAGAUAGCGACGACCAGGAGGAGAAGAAAAACAAGGCCAAGCGAAACGAGGCCAAGAAGGCGGGAAUCAUCCCUGAACUCUGUUCUCUCGGCGUCUAUGCUCAAUCCGUCAAACCCGUCAACGACUCUUGGUAUGCUGCCACGUUAACCAAUGGACCACACGAUCAUCUCAUCAAUAUUUCCGAAACAGGUUUGCUUGAUCUUUUACCCAAACAUAGCACAGCGAUCAAAAAGCACAAUGCGCAACACCUCAUGCGCGUCUACCCCAAAGGUACUCGCAUCAGCUCCAAGAACCUCAAUCCUGUUCCCUUUUGGGGUGUGGGUGCUCAGGUGUGCGCUUUGAAUUGGCAGACUUUCGACCACAGCAUGCAACUUAACGAGGCGCUCUUUUCCGGUUCGGAUGGGUACGUUCUCAAACCACCCGGUCUGCGAAUCGGCGGAGACGGACAAACGUCUCUUGGUCGCCACAAACUCAUUCUUUACAUAGCAGGUGCCACCGACCUGCCUUUACCGGCCGGAAGGGACGCCGACGAAAUCCGACCGUAUGUAACAUGCACACUCAUCCUUCCGUCCGACCUCGACUCAGAACCUCCGAAAGAAAAAACAAAACCCUACAAACAGCACAAGCUUGGCAUUAUCCACAAAGGCGAACAGCCUAUCCCCACAGAUGCGCUCUGGAACGAACAGCUCGAGUGGGAAUUCGAACAUGACGAACUCGCUUUUGUUCGCAUCUUGAUCAAAAGCGACGACAAGUUCGCCAGGAACCCGCUCUUCGCCGUUGCUGCCGUGAGACUGGUGUACGCCGCUCAAGGUUGGAGGUUCAUUCGAUUGCUCGAUCUGAAAGGUAGAGAGACCCAUUCGACGCUGCUGGUCAAGUUCGAGCUGGAGAAGCUCUAG